AUGCCAUUUUUCCUAGUUUCACAAAACUACCCCAAUUCGGCAUUCGAUUAUGAUCCCUGUACAGUGACAUUCUUUGCAAAGGAUGCAAUUCGUGCUGCCAUAUACGAUCUCAUCACCAUUAACACCGUCCGGUUUAAAGGAUUUGAUCUUUCCCAACAACCAGUUGACAUUUCGCUUCGUUUCGAACCGCGAAUCCACAUUGGAAAGAAUCCGAUCAGGGUUCCGUCCUCUGAGGUUCGAGUUUUGAAAGACAACAUGAAGAUGGGCAGAGCAGAUCCAAGAGAAUCCAAAUGUUCUCCUAAAAGUGGGAAACAUGUGACCGAUGAUGAACCGUUGGCUUUGUACUUCACAAAUACUUUACAAGUAUCGUUUGCCUUCGCUGAUACUCCAACUUCCUAUCGAAGAGGGCUUUACGUCCUUGUGGAUAGUUACAGCAGGAAGAUGAAUUCGACACAGCCCUGUCUAAACGAAGGAAAUUUCGUGCUGGAUACGGGAGAGAAAAUCCCGAUAGGAACAAUCAACUUUGGAAAUGAAACAUAUGCCUCAUAUAUGAAAUGUUCAUACUUAUUCGAAAAUAAUCGAAAGAACCAUCAAAUUGCAAUAGGGAUGGAAUCCGAAACUGAGAAGUGUUGCGAUGUUCUGCUCAUCGGCGGACUCGCUCCACCGCCUGGCGGGCUGUAUAAUUACCAAGGAUUCAUACAGCCUGUAUUUCAAUUUGCCAGCACCAAUAGAGUAUCUCUCGAAUUCACUUCAGAUGGCACCGUUGAAGGGGUUGGAUUUAGCGGAAAUGUGUACAAUAUUGACUGUACGUGCAAUUCCGGCAAUCGUUAUCUAUCUGAGGAGUUUCGCUUUCUACAACUUACCUCUCCUGGUUUACUUUCUGGAGCACCCACUUACUGCCCGAAUAUCAGUUGUUACUGGAUAAUUAAAUUUUCGACUGAGUACGAAAUAGUGUCAAGGAUCUCAACGUUGAGUUUGCGAUCAUAUAUGGAACAAGAUCUGCUGACGAUCAUGGACCGAUUUGGAAGAGUUAUGUUGCGAGCCAACUCCGACGUUACCGGACCGAAAGAAAUGAUAACCACCUCCGGCGAGCUUUCGUUAAACUUCACAACGUCUCCGACCACCGCCUUUCCACUAUCAGCUAUUCAACCAGGAUUCGUAAUCGAAAUUACGCUGUUUAAAAAGAACGUCCGCAGAAAAAAAAUCAUUUUAACGGACGACAAUUUUCUGGUUGAGAUUUCUACAAAAUCGUUCCAUGAAGGAUUAAAUAUCACAUAUGAAUAUGCUCUGUCGGCGCGCCCAGGGAAUACGGUGACAGUUUAUUUCUUGACAACUUUAAAAGAUGUGGUGAAUCUGGAUAUAUACGAUGGUCCUGAUACGGCAGCGACAAUGAUCGAUCCAAGGAUUUUAUAUGAGAACUUCACACAAGAUGGAGAACCCAUGAACGUCGUUUCUUCUCAACAGCACCUUUUGAUUCGAAUUCGCCCUAAUUUAUACAACACCGAAACCAAUCUGGACUUCCGAGCUAUGGUUACAGACUGGCAACAAGAUCGUAAAUGUCCGCCAAUGCUUUGGAGCGCAUCCACUGUUCUACAAACAGACGCUAUUCGACUCACUGGAACUGAUUGCUUAAGUAUUUUUCAUGUCAAUAAAGACUACGAACCUUCCAUAGGAAUCACAGUGGAAUUGGAAAAAAAGUCGUCCCUAUCGCACAUCGCGCUGUUCAAGGACCUUACAACGAACAUAUCUAAUCUCGUGAUGAGUGGACAUGACAGACAGUAUCCCAAUUUCAUCUACGGCAUGUACGUCGUUAUGUUUUACAACUCCACUCAGAACAAUUCCGUCACAUAUUCUUGGCGAAGAGGAAGUUUUGCAACAACAUUACUGAUGUCACCGAACGAGUCCGGCAUAAUAAUGUCAGAAGAUUACCUUCCUGCAUUUCCACUGCCGAGUUUUGAACAGCAGUUUUCUAUCGAACUGGUAGCAGAGAGCCAUUUGAUGAGUGGAAUUAAAAUAGAGUUUCUCAGAGCACCUGGACAAGGACACGGCACAUUUCAAUUCCAACAAUACAAUAGAUUGUUGGAUGACAUUACGUAG